AUCUUUGUCAGCUGACUAUCACAUGAUACUCAAAGGCACAAUUACAGUCAUACAUGCGGAAUUUCAGUGAAUGUCUUGCUAGUUAAGAUUGUUUCAAUGCCAGACGGAAAAAGCAAUGUUUUAGUUCCGUAUGUGUCAUCUGACUGUCUUUGUAGUUACUCAUUUUCUAGAGCGGGACGGUCAUUUUGAGAGAUGGUAACUUUACUCUGUAACUAGAAAUUGACCCAAAGACAGCAACCGCGCCCAUACCACCUGACUUGCAGUUCGAUAAACGUCAAGAAAACUCAAACAUGACUCCAGCGGGGAAGAAUCUUAUGAAUAUUAUUAUUCUUGGUUUCGGGUUUAUGUUUAUUUUUACCGCUUUUCAAACCUGCGGCAAUAUAGAGCAAACAGUGAUAAAGAAUUUCAACAACACUGAGUUCCAUGGGAGUGGAUAUACAAGCAUGGCCAUUAUUUAUGGGGUCUUCUCUGCGUCCAACCUGAUGGCGCCUUCUGUGGUAGCUGUCAUAGGACCACAGCUGUCCAUGUUCGUCAGUGGACUCUUGUACAGCGGUUACAUUGCUGUGUUCAUCCAUCCUUUGACCUGGUCCUUCUACACGGCUUCUGUGGUGGUCGGGAUAGCAGCUGCAGUUUUGUGGACGGCGCAGGGCAACCUGCUCGCCAUCAACUCAACGGACUCCACCAUCGGCAGAAACAGUGGAAUCUUCUGGGCGUUGCUGCAGUUCAGUUUAUUAUUUGGAAACCUCUACAUAUAUUUAGCCUGGCAUGGGAAAACAACAAUUUCAGAUAAGGACCGUCAGACCGUGUUCAUCUCGCUCACCGUCAUCGGCCUGGUUGGCACCUUCCUCUUCUUCCUCAUCCAGCGGCCAGACACUGAGGCCACGACCACAGAGGGCGGCUCUGACACGUGCGACCCCCUCCUGCCAGCGGACCCCCCUGAGGGCUCCUUGACCGUCACACCUGCUGAAGGACGCUGCUCUCAGGCGUGGAACGCCUUCAAGAAGGCUGUCCAGCUGUCCAUCACCAAGGAGAUGAUGUUGCUGGGCACUUCCAUAGCCUACACGGGCUUGGAACUGACCUUUUACAGCGGGGUGUAUGGAACCUGCAUUGGGGCGAUGACGCGCUUCGGGGACGACGCCAAGGGCUUAAUCGGCCUCUCUGGGAUUUGCAUCGGUUUGGGGGAGAUUCUGGGUGGGGGCUUAUUUGGGAUGCUGAACAAAUGCUACAGCUGUGGCAGAAACUCGGUGGUGCUGCUCGGCCUGCUGACACACUACCUGGCCUUCUUCCUGAUCUUCCUCAACAUCGCCAACGACGCACCGAUCGCCUCGCAGGACGGGACUCACCUGGAGGCCUAUAUCACACCCAGCGUCACAGUGGCGCUCCUCUGUAGCUUCCUGCUGGGUUUGGGUGACAGCUGCUUCAACACCCAGCUGCUGAGCAUCGUGGGAUAUGUGUUCCGUGAGAACAGUGCCCCCGCCUUUGCCAUCUUCAAAUUUAUCCAGUCCAUCUCUGCAGCUGUGGCUUUCUUCUACAGUAACUACCUCCUGCUCCACUGGCAGCUGCUCAUCAUGGCUUUGCUGGGUUUCCUGGGCACCAUCACCUUCUUCGUGGCUGAGCUGGUGGUGGCGGCCGCGCGCCGGGACUCCGACUACAGCAGCAUAUGACGCACUGACGUGUUUCCUGAUGACUUUGGUGUGCCCCCCCCCCCCCCCACACACACACACACACACUCCAAGCCCCCAGCUUUGCAUCUUGAUGUCAUCCUAAGCACCUACCAAAUACACAAAAACGCACAGAAUUUAGGAUGCACUGGUCUUCAGUUUAACCUGCUGUGUGAGACUGCACUACUGAAGCAGAUACCUGCUGUGUUUCUUUUUAAAUUUGGUUAAAUUGAUAGUCCAUCGGAAAUCGAAGCUUCCACUUGUAAUCGAGUACAAUCAGGAAAAUGUCAGAAGACCAUAUAUUCAAGUAGACUAAGUACAUGUAGGCUGUCUGGACACCAGCAGACAUCACAAAUCUGUCCAUUUUUUUGUCUUUUUGAGAAAAACACUGUAAAGGGAGAACCUGAAAUGCAAGUGAAACAUUCUUAGGUACAUCGUCAGCUUGGUGGAAUUUAGUGGGUACUCUCCCAGUGCUGAACAUCUCCGUCUGAGAAUCAUUAUACGGCAUGUCCAAGAACUGAGACCUUAUCAAGCAAGAACGUAAGCAAGUGACCAUACACACUAUAAAAACUGUUAGUACAUGUGUACAGGGGAGAAUAGUUCGACUGGUUCGGUUUUGGGCGGCUGUUGAAAACUGUGUUUUAAGCGUCUACUCCGAGUUUAUUUUGGUGUGGGGGGAUUAAACGCUCGAAAUGUGUACAUUUUGUUAGCACGCGCUGGUUGCGGGUGAAGUACACGUGGCGUCCAGGUCCCGAUUAGAGCCUCUGUGCCAAAGUGUGAAAAUUCAGACUCACGGGGCAGGUUUCACCUGCUUCGUUAUAAAUUGCGUUUUCACAAAAAUCCUUCUGCCAGACCGCAGAGGGAUGGGAGAAGUCAUGAUUCUCGUGCGUAUUCCUGUGCAAAAGCUGAAGACGUCUGUGUAGUGUAGAAUUAUUACAUUGUUUACUGAAACCGUCAUACAAGUUCAUCCACGAAAGUACGAAACGGCAAAGGCCACUCGUAAUACAAUUGUGUGUUGUACUUUUUUGCACGUCUAUUUUUUUUACGCCAGGGUCAUCGUCCAUUUGAGCGUCUUAAGGGAUAAUACAGUCACUAAUAAAAAUGUUGUGAAUAA